UGAGGUAAUUUCCGCGAUCCGGCGUCAGAGGUUUGAAUAGCCCCGGGGGCAGAAUCGAAAGUGAUUCUAGAGCUGGGGAGGCCUGAGUAUUGCGGCCUGGGACUGAAGGCCAGGGCGCAGCUGAAUGGCGAGAGGAGAGCUCCGGGGAGGACGAGAACCAGAGCCAGGUCCGGCACAGCGGGGUUCUAAGUUCAGGACAUGAGUUGGAGGAUGAACAGAUCCUGAGGUCCAGCUACUUUGAGGACCUUGCUGUGGCUGCUGCAAACUGACCUGGUGUUUGGGGCAUCUGCAGGACCUUUAACUGAAGGCUUUGGAUAUUUUAUUGUUAGCCAAGGAUCCUGUGGAGGGAGAUGCCGUCGCUCAAAAAGGGGCUUCUGGCGCGGCUCCAGAGCCAACUGGACCUAUGUGUGGGCUGCUCAGUCUGCUCCCAGGCACUGAAUGAGAGCACAUAUAUAACACAUACAAUAGAACACAACUGCCCCCGUGAGAUCCUCCUGGCAAGGGCCAAAGGAGCUCCUGAACAUAAAGAGUGGAGAAAGGUUGGACGUAGGCCCAGCUUCCCCCGGCCUAGACGUUAUGAAGUGUGCCGUUACUACAAACCUGGGAUGGGCUGCAGGAAACACCACAACCAGUGCACAUUUGCCCGAAGCCCAGAGGAAGCAUUGGUUUGGACUUUUGAGAGGGAGAACAAUAUCCCCAGACUAUGGCUGAAAGCUGAAGUGCAGGGCAGCUUAUACCAAGGGACUCCCAGGAUCCUGACUGCAGCUGAGGAAAUAGGGGCUGAAUUUGGAGGCAACUUCCAGGAACUUUGUAAACCCUGCUUCCGGAAGUGCCCUCCACAGGUGACCUUCCGGGGCCCAAAUCUGCCAUGCCCACAGCAUCGGGCUUCUAGCCUGCUUAUCAUACACAUAACGAGUGAGGGGCUUAGAAAGAAGCAGCUAGUGGAGAUCCGACCCAAACCCUGGCCAGGCCGCGUACUGGAAUAUUGUAUGUAUGUGUCUCGAGGGUAUCCCUGUCGGCACGGGGCCAUUCGCUGCCAGUACGCUCACAGUGAUGUGGAGAUGGCUGUGUGGGAAGCUGAGUCUAUGGGUUGCCUGACUCGUUCUGAGUUGCUUAAGCUUCCAGCCACACUGGAAUCUGGAAUAGGGGCUGGGACCAGCGGGGAGGAUGGUGGCAGAAAUGGGAGUUCGUCAGCUCCACCUCAGAUCCAGCUGUACUGUCGUGCCUGCCUCGUGACCUGCAACUCCCAAGAGAGUUUUGAGAACCACUGUUCAUCCCUGGAGCACACACAGAUGGUGGCCUAUGACAAGGGGACCCUAUGGGAAUACAGAGCCCCACCUAUCGGGCUCCGCAAAUUCAAACUUUGUAGCAGGCUAGAUAUCUGUGAGUAUGGGAAUGGAUGCACCCAGGCACACUCUGUGGAAGAACUGCAGGAGUGGAUCCUGCGGGCACAAGCAGCCCAGAUGAGAGAGGAAUCAGCCCGGCAGGAUGGACUCCUCUCUUACCAGGACCGGCUUUUACAUGAAUAUCAGCACUGCAACAAUGAAAUGCUGGUGAUGUCUGAGUCUAUAGGUGAUGUAACUGUGCACUGUGACCAGCCCUUACAAUGCCAUGUGGAGGACAAGAAAUCUCAAUGUAGAUGGAAAUUUAUCAUCCAAUCUAAGGACCCACUGCAACAUGUGGCACUCCUCAAACGACAGACGGGAGCAGUCUUUUCCUUAGUGAUUCCUGGGCUUCCACCAGGACAACUUUAUGCCCAUGGCUCAAGGUUCCAUAUGCAGGGUGCAGUGAUGACCUUCCAAGUGGAGGUACUGGUAGAAUGCAUCGCCUUUGGCAGCUAUGAGCAGUGGGUAGCAUUUGACUUUGGAUGCCGGCCUGUCCUGGUACGGAAGCUACAUGUGCAAGUGGGGCAGAGGAAGACGGCUGGGAUCUCUCCCACCUGUCCCCAGGACCAUGAUUGUCUAAUGGAACUGAUCCGCUGGCACAGUGGAAAUCGUUGUGUGGUGCCCAGUGUGGCCAGGGCAGAUGAGCAGAUGAGGUUGUUAGCUAAGUACAAACUGAACCCCCAGCAACUGGAAUAUUACAUGUCAAUGGCUUCUGACCACAUUCCUAUAACUCCAGUCAAUUAUCGGGACAGGAUGCACCAAUUCUUAUAUGUGGAGGAGGAGGCUCAGCAGCAGCUGGUGGCCAAACUGAACCUUCAGGUGCAAGUCACACUGACCUCCAAGAUGCAGACCUUGGCGAUGGGCUUGAAAUGUGCAGCACCUGGGGAAUUGUUUGCCAAGGUUCCAAUUCCUUGUUCUCUGACACCAGACACAGACCAGGGCUAUUUGCUAAGUAGGGCUGUGAACACUGCUUACGUGGCGCCUGUCCCUGCCCCUGACAACCGUGUGUAUGAGGUUCAGGUGGAAGUCAAGGCCACUUCAGACCAAAAUGUGUGGCUUCUGCUGCCAGCCCACUGUUGCUCUGCCUUGGGGCUUAAGGAUGAAGACACAAAACUUAUGGAAAUCCAGUUUCAAAUUGACAGGACUGUAUUCGGGAUAUGGCACCAAGCCAUUGAUGCACUUCAGGAUGACAAACUGGUAACACCUAACAUGUCUGCCUGUUCUCUGCCUUCUUUGAGGCCACCUCCCCAGGAACUCCGUGGUAAUCCAAAACAGAAGCAGGCCAUCUCAUUUAUUACAGGCAUAGCCAGUCCUCUGAGCCGAGUGCCUCCACUGCUCAUUUAUGGUCCAUUUGGGACGGGCAAGACAUACACACUAGCCAUGGCCACACUAGAAGUUAUGAAACAACCAAACACCAAGGUGUUGAUCUGCACCCACACCAACAGUGCUGCUGACAUCUACAUCCGAGAGUACUUUCAUGCCUAUGUCACAGCUGGACACCCUGAGGCUGUGCCACUGAGAGUCAAAAGCACUGAGAGCUUCCUUAACCAGACAGACCCAACUACACUGCAGUAUUGCUGCCUCACAGAUGAUAGACGCUUCUUCCGUGACCCAACUCAGGCAGAACUUAAACAACACCGCAUUAUAAUCACCACCACCACCUUGUCCCGCUCCCUGGAUGUGCCACCUGGUUUUUUUUCCCACAUUCUCAUUGAUGAGGCUGCUCAGAUGUUAGAGUGCGAAGCCAUAAUUCCACUAGCCUAUGCCACUCGGAACACACGCAUUGUCCUGGCUGGGGACCACAUGCAAAUCACCCCCAAACUCUUCAGUGUGGGGGAUAGGAAGUCUGCAGACCAUACACUACUCAAUCGUCUAUUCCAGUACUAUCAGCGGGAGAAUCAUGAAUUGGCUUUCCAGAGCAGGGUCAUCUUUCAUGAAAACUACCGUUCCACCAAAGCCAUCAUUUCCUUUGUUUCUAGGAAUUUCUAUGUGGCUAAGGGCAACCCUAUUCAGGCUAGUGGACAGAUCCCUGGCCACCCAGAGAAGCACCCGCUCAUGUUUUGCCAUGUGGCUGGUACUCCUGAGAGAGAUAUAACAAUGACAUCAUGGUUCAACAGGGCUGAAAUAGUGGAGGUCAUUGAGAAGGUGCAAGAAUUCUACAGUAUCUGGGCCUACCAAUGGAACAGCCCUGACCUGAAGCAAAUUUGUGUUGUGUCCCAUGGUUCUCAGGUAAAAACACUGAGACAGGAACUGAGGAAGAAACAACUAGGAGAAGUGGCAGUGGAGAAUUUUGAAAAUCUGCCAGGUCGUGAAUUCCGAGUGAUCAUCCUCAGCACCGUACACACACGGGACAGCCUGCUCAGCAGUUCAGUCCCCCACCUGGAAUUCUUCAGUGAGGCCCGAGUACUGAACACAGUGAUGACCAGGGCUCAGUCACAGGUGGUUGCUGUAGGGGAUGCUGUGGCCCUGUGUUCCUUUGGACGCUGCAGUAAGGUAUGGAAGCACUUCAUUCAAGAGUGUGUGGAGAUGCGCAGUGUCUCUCCUGUGGACCUCACAAUGGAACAAAUCAAGCAAGAUGUGGCCCAUAGGCAGCGCUGGGCCCGGCAAAAUGGGCUGCAUCCUGUGAAGAUAGCCAUGGAGGACUACUUAGAAGAGGAGGACAAUGACAAUGAUACUGCCUCAUGGGUAUCUGAUGCUGAACUCAAUGCUGAUGACCCCAUUCUUCAAGAGUUGCUGGAUGAAAGCAAGAAUGUGGCGGUGACAGUAACUGAGGAUGGGCUGCUAAAUGUGACAUCAGGUGCUCGGACCCACCAUCAGGGACAACAGUAUUUAAGCUUUCCUGUGCCAGUGUUGCAGAAAUAUCUACGCAUGCAGCCGAAGAUAUAUAGAAAAUGUGAACUGAUAAAGGAGGCCUUUGAAAAAGCAUCUGCCUUCACCAUAGAUGAUUCUCCACCUCUCAUUAUUCAAAUCAGAGGACGUACCAAUUGCGGUAUGGCCUUCACAGGUGACCAAGUUCUAGUGGAAAUCUUGACUCCAGAAUUGGAGGAACAGGGAUACUCCUGGCGCCCCAUGGGCCGAGUGGUAGGUGUACUGGAAAGGGGUGACCGAGAACUCAUUUUCAUAUGCAAGAUGGAUGAGUUUGACCCCCGAGUAAUGAUUCCCAUUGACCCUUCAGUCACCAAGAUCUUUGUCCCAGAGCUAAAAGAUAAGCCCAACACUAUUCCCAUCCGCCGUUUACAACGGGGACACAUUAAACUUAUUAGCUAUGAGAAGAUAACUGAGGAGACCAAGCGCAAUCAACUCUUUCGUGUACAGAUCAUCUCCUGGAAAGAGAGGUUCUAUUAUCCAUUAGGUAUCAUACUUGAGAUCCUUCCUUUGCCUUUGACCUUAGAACAAGGCUUAAAGAUUCUGGACAUGGAAUAUUCUUUGAGUGCCAAUGGAAGAUAUCCCACACCAGUCAUUAAGGAGGUGAACCAGCACAAUUACAGUAAAUUUAGUCUACGCCAGGGACAGUGGAAGGACUGCCGGGAUUAUUUGACCUUUACUGUGGACCCUCAGGGUUCCCGGGAUCUCGAUGAUGCUAUCAGUGUCAGGGACCUGGGAACCCAGUACGAGAUAGCUGUCCAUAUAUCUGAUGUAGCCAGCUUUAUGCCAAAGGAUGGGGCACUUGACCGUGAGGCUAGGAAGCGUGGUGCUACAUACUAUGCUCCUGGAAAAGAUCCUGUGGCCAUGCUUCCAUCCAGGCUCAGUCAGGACCUGUUCAGUCUCCUUCCCCACCAAGAACGUCGAACUAUCUCCUUGAUCCUUACAGUGGAGAAGGAAGGUGACCAAGUAGUGAAAUGGCAUAUCACUCCAUCUAUGAUACGCUCUGAUCUUCAGCUGACUUAUGAGGAAGCUGAGGUUAUCAUUAAAAGUCACCCUGGUGGUGGGGCUUGGCUGCCUCUCCGGCUGGGCACUGUAGAAGGCUGUGUUGUGGCUGCUUACCACUUUUCCCAAGUCCUUCGCAGAGGCCGCCUUAAGGGAGAUUGCUACUAUGACCAACCAGAUGAAGAUAGCCCUCUUGGCUCACGUAGCUCCCACCAGAUGGUUGAGGAACUUAUGAUUCUAUUCAAUAGCUAUGUAGCUAAGUUCCUGGUACACAAGGAUAGCACAAAGUCAAUCACUCCUUUGAGGUGCCAGGCUGAGCCCAAUCCUCAGCAAGUAGGCCAGCUAAAGGAAAAGUACCGUCACUUGCUCCCUGUGUCCCUCCAUCUCUCUUAUCGUCUCUGUGGCCAGCCCUACAAUGCUUCCCAAGUAAACAGCUCAGUAUGCAACCUCUCUAUCCUGUGCCCACUUUGGGAUCACCUGUGUCAGGCUGCUGACAGCAAGGACUAUAACAAGAUGGUGGACCUCAUUGCCACAGAUGACAUUCACCCCACUCUGGCCCCAGCUGGACUGGAGUUCCGAAAGCUACUCAGCCGUUCCUACUUUAGCCGUUCAAACUCUACUAGCCUGUCCAGGGCUGGGCACUACUCAUUGCAGGUCGACUGGUAUACUUGGGCAUCUUCCCCCAUUAGGCGUUACAUUGAUGUGGUUCUUCAAAGGCAGCUCCAUGCUGCCAUGGGCCAGGGUCAGCCUGGCUAUUCACCCGAAGAUAUUGACUUACUAUGCCAUGACUUCAAUCGGAAGAAUGGACGUGCCCAGGCUUAUGAGCGUAAGGCCCACUGCCUUCAUUUGGCCACCCAACUCAAAGCCCAGCUGCUAACAAAAUUGUGCUUUGUGGUGAAUGUGGAAUCUGCAAACCGUUUUUUUAAGGUGAUUUUCCCCAUGAACCGGGAUACCCUGCCUGACCCCCAUCUUGUCAAUUACCGUGCACUGCAAUUGGUAGAGCAGCCUUCCUUUAUCCCUGAGCGCCAGAAUAUAAAGCUGGUAUGGAAAAAGCGAAUGUACUCUCUGGAUAAGGGCAAAGCAUGGACUCCAUCACCUAAAACCCUGGUGGACACACAUGUUAUGCCAGUAAGUAGUAGCAUCUGGCAGGACCUGCUGCUGGCCAUCCAGAACCAGAACUUUCAGAAGGCAGCAGCCCUGCUGCUAAGAUCUAGAGGGACUGCCCAGAACUCCUACCGCCGGCCCAUAGGCCAGAUGUCUCGAAGCAAGUGUUCCCAUUAUGUAGAGGUGGUACUAGAGCUAAGUACUGGGGAUGCCUUGCAGAUGCAGCUGACCACUGAUGUCCAGAGGGGCUUCCUUGUGCCUUCCAUCCAGAUGUGGAUGUUGACCCCAAGUUUUGCUAUUUGCCUGGAGCAUGCUGAGAAACCCAUUGACUGCUUUUCCCGCUAUGCUUCACAGGCAACCAAGGAUGUAUACUCUGACCCACAAGACUAUUCCCGGGUAUGGAAACCACUCUCUGCCAUGGAGUCUGCUUCUAGCGCUGUGGCUGAGAAUGACUCUAUCCUCUUGUAUGGUGUUCCUAUUACCUGGGACAGAGAGAGGAACAGUCAGGGACAGAUGCAAGGGACUUUCUACUUAACCUAUACCUUCCUCAAGGAAUGUGCAAUUGAUAUCAACUUCAACUUCUGCUAUCUCUGCAUCCGAAUGGAGAACCUGAAACUCCAGGGUCCUGUAGAAGAGGAAGAGAAAGGAGAAGAGACUGCUCUAAUUCAAAACUUUAAGAAGCUUAGCUUGUGCAGAAAAGCAGUAGACCCACCUAUGGUCAAUACUCUUGAUUCUUGUUUGAAUGUGGACCCUGACACCUAUACCUGGGUGGCUCAUGGGCUAACAGAUGAAAUGGAUCAGGAUGCCAAAAAAGUUGAUCGAAGAGAAGAGCGGACGACAAUCCAUUUUUUUCUCCACCAUGUAUCCAUGGAGAACAUCCCUGUGGAGGUCACCAGAAAGGGAGCUUGCUUCACUAUUGAGAUGAUCCCAAAGCUGCUGCCAGAUAUCCGGAAAGAGAAAGCCAUCUGGAAACUGCAAUAUGCCUCACCCCUUAUCACCAGCAUUGCCUUAGGCCAGCCCAUCAAAGAAGGGUCCUACAAAACCAUAAAGUCCAGUAUCUUGAAGCAUCGGACCUUUGAUAUCCCACAAGGAAAAUUCAAGCUCAAUAAGAGUCAGAAUAGUGCUGUGCUAGAGGCCCUUCAAAAGCCUUUCACUCUUAUUCAAGGGCCACCAGGUACUGGGAAGACAGUGGUUGGGGUCCAUAUUGUAUACUGGUUUAAUAAAUUAAAUCAGGAGAAGCCUGAGACUGACCCACUACCCCUGACAGGGGAUAACAAAAACAGAGGGGAGAAGUGCAUCCUAUAUUGUGGGCCAUCCAACAAAUCUGUUGAUGUUGUUUCAGAAAUCCUACUUCAGUGGAAGGAGGAGCUCAAGCCUUUGCAGGUAUACAGUGAACAGAUGGAGGCCAUGGAAUUCCCUGUACCAGGGAGCUACAGAAAAAUGUUUCGCAAAAAUACUCGAGAAGGGAAGCCAAAACCUGAACUCAGAGACAUCGUUCUCCAUCAUCGUAUCCGGAUGCCGUCCAACCCAUUCUUUCGCAAGAUUAUAGAAUUUGAUGCCAGAGUGAGGAAGGGGGAUCAGUUCUCAGAAGAUGAAAUCGAAGAAUACAAGUCUAUCACCAAGCUGGCCCGGAUGGUUGAGCUAAAAAACCAUGGUAUCAUCCUCUGUACCUGCUCCUGUGCUGCCUCCUCCAUCCUCGUGAAGCACCUCAAUGUCAAACAGAUUCUCAUUGAUGAAGCUGGCAUGGCCACAGAGCCUGAAAGCCUCAUCCCCCUUGUUAACUUUCCCCAGGCUGAGAAGGUGGUGUUGCUAGGGGACCACAAACAGCUUCAGCCUUUUGUAAAGAAUGAUCACUGUCAAAACCUGGGCUUGGAGAAGUCCCUCUUUGAGCGCUACCAUGGUCAAGCCUGGAUGCUGGAUAUACAGUACCGAAUGCACAAUGAUAUCUGCAGAUUUCCUUCCAAAGAAUUUUAUGACAACAAAUUAAAGACUAGUUUGAAACUAAAGCGAAUGCCAAGUGUCUUCUGCCACCCAGACCAAGUUAGCUGCCCCAUUAUCUUUGGCUAUGUCCAAGGAGUGGAGGAGAGCCUUUUGGUUUCUACAGAUGAAGGAAAUGAAAACUCCAGGGCCAACCGGGAUGAAGUUGAUCAUGUGGUUCGAAUAGCAAACCAGCUGACCUUGGAUAGGACCAUCAAGCCUAAGGACAUUGCAAUCCUCAGCCCCUACAAUGCCCAGGUGUCAGAAAUCAACAAGAGACUGUUAAAGGAGGGAAUUACUGGAGUGACUGUCUCCUCCAUCAAGAAAAGUCAAGUAGGAAGCGAGUGGCGAUAUGUUAUACUAAGUACAGUCCGCUCCUGCCCCCCUGGUGAAAUUGAUGGGAGGCCCACCAAAAGCUGGUUGAAGAAACACCUAGGCUUUGUCAGUGAUCCACAUCAGGUCAAUGUGGGGAUCACUCGGGCUCAAGAGGGGCUCUGCAUCAUUGGAAAUCACUACCUCUUGAGCUGCUGUCCAAUGUGGCAGCGACUCAUUGAUUUCUACACAAAGAAGGGAUGCUGUGUCAUGGCUUCCUCAGUGCAAGUCCGUCAGAGGUCAGCUGUCCGCCACUGAGACAUAGCCCUCAUAGGCCUUUUCUCUUGGGUCACAAGGCUUGUUUGUGAACUCAGAGGUGGAGAAUCAAUAAGGCCACCCUUUUCUCCCUGUCCCCCUGAUGGCUUUGAAAUCUCUUUGAGACUUUUUCCUCUCCGACACCAGGAAUGUCCAGCAUCUUGUACUUUAUUUUACAAAAUGCCAAUGAGAAAACAAAAUUGACCAAAAAUCCUCCCCUUUUUUCUGUCCCUUUUUCCCAGCCGAGGAAGCCUCAUUUAGUGCAUCCCCAUGUGCCUUUUGUGACUGCAGCCAGUGGGGACUGAUGGAAUCUGGGGGGCUGCCUCUGAUGUCUAGCUUAUAUGGACUCAAUAGACCAAAGCGGACAAGGACCAAGCCUUCAGAGAGAACCAGCAAUAACAUGAUCCUUUAGAAAAUCUCUCUCCUUUCCUACCUGCUCCCUGCCUUGGAGGGAAGGAGGAAACUCUUAUGAUUUGAAUGGAAUAACCAUUUGGCUUUUUAAUCUUAGAGAAAAAUGAUAAGGAGCAGGUUGAAGAGGAACCCAGACUCUUCUUGCCCUAUUUUAAGUGCUCUUAGUAAGAGUGUUCUGGCCAGAUUGUUGAGCAAGAAGCCUCCAGGUGCAGCGUAUCCUCUUCUCUGUUCUUACAGAGUGAGGGGUUUGGGGAGGCCCAAGGGAUUUUUGCUAUAAACCCAACUCUGGAGUUCAUCCUUGGUGCUGUGCUGAGAAGAUUCUGGGUGAAGCAAGAGAACCCUUAGAAAAGCUGCUUAAAAAAACAAAACAAAACAACUUAUUAUUCCUGGACUCUUUUUAAAAUCAGAUUGUUGAUCUGUGGCCAUGAUUUUGCUUGUCAAUGUUGUACAUUGGAUAUGGUCUUUUUUGUUGUUGUUUUUAAAGUAGCCAAUCAGCAUUGGCUAGAACUGGGAGCAUGGGAAGGAUUCUGGCAUCCAGGUAGAAGGGUGAGGUCAUAGCAAGGAAACUGACUGACCAAGGUAACCUUCCCCAGCAUUCUGGAAGGGAUGGGCAUUUAUUCUGUAGCAUACCACUGCCCCUGGCCUAAUAAGUGACUAUAACUUGUAUGUCUUGGUGAACUUAGGACUGCUUCUGCAACACCCUGGCCUGAGGUUAGGUGUUGGGCGGCAGCAUAAAACCAAAUUUGAACCAACAAAUCAUUGUUUGCACUAGCUAUUUUGGGAGAAGCUCCUGUUGUAAUGUGAAGGGAGGAGUUGUGCAAUAAUGCUGUCUCUGUCAGGUAGGGGGUGCAAGGCCAAGUAAGCCUGAGUUCUGCUGAGGAGGGCUGCCUGGAGCAGACCCAGCCUAAGUACCCCAUGCCUGAUAACAGUAAGGCUGGAAAUGCUGCAUUUAUCCUUAUGGCUGUACCUCUUUGCAGCCAAAAUGCUUCUGAGUCAGGGUCAGGCAAAGAGUAGGGGGUGGGGGUGGGGGGAGUGGAGAGGAAUGCCUGGGACCCUUUCUUCCUGCUCCUCUGCAGUGAAGGCCUUGCUUUGCACAUACCUAUGCUGUCCUGCAGGCCAGGACUUGGCUCUCCCCAGGAAGAGUCUCAGUCUGUUUCAGGGCAUCAUCUCCAGCUUUCUGAUCAUGGGCUUACCAUGGUGUUGGAAGAGCAAACAGAUCUGCCAUCUCUCCAAGGGGAGAAGAAAGAAGAAAUCAGCCUCCUGGCCUGGAGUCAGGGCUGAUCUCCAUUGUAGGGACCACAAUGUAUUUUGUGCAGAAAUACUGUGUUGUCUACUUCUUGGAAAUAAUUUCUGUCACUUACUACCUUAUGCAUUCCACUGUGCCUGGCCCUCAGUGGGCAGGGAGAGUGGGAGGGAAGAAAGAAGGGAAGGCCAAACUCUGGAGAACUGUUUGUUUACAAUAGGACCCACCCAGACUAGAGGUGCCUGCCCUUCAGAGCUGAAGUAUCUCUUGAUGAAAUCUCUUAUUAACUUGGGGUACAGACUGCUGACAGUGCAGGCUGCCCUUGAGGGUUAAUCUGACCUUUAGAGAUCUUCCCAUUUGUGCAGGCUCUUUGAGACUGGGGAAUCUAAUUCCUUCUACUCUUCCCCACCCCCCUCCAGCCCUACCAUGUUGCCCUUAGAAGGGGAACCCUUAAUUGGUGAUAUGAGACAUGGGGGGAGUGGAAGCAGGGGAGACUAGCUGUUUUGAACAUUGCCUCUCAGGUUUCCUGUAAGCCACUGUGGCAAGCUCAGGGAAGGGAGGCUCCUCCUCCCUCCCCCAUCUGUUCUCCCCCUAGAUCUUGGUGCAAUAGUUCUUAUCUGCCAGCUUUUGAAGUUGCCACUGAGGUGGGGCUGAUGUGUUUUUUGGGGCACACAUUGCUGCAAGGUAUGUUUUUAUGUGUUGAUGAAAAGUGUAGUUUCUACUGGCUUUUGGAUUUCUUUAAGAUAAAAACUUAAUUGUCUGAUUUGAAUGUUUGACAAAUCAAGAAUAUAGACUUAAACAUUCCAUUUUUAUACUUCAGCUUGGACUAUGCACUUGUAUGAUUUAAUAUUAAAUUAAUUUUAUUAUAACAUUAA